CUGUUUUCCAUUUGUUUUUUGGCCGGGCGGAGCGAUCGAUGUGAUGCACAUCGAGGUGUUUAUUGGGAACUCCGGAUGUGCCAUGGAUCUGUCAGCCUGCUUGCCUUUCAGUUUGUCUUCUUCUCGAAUGAACCAGGAACUGGUGCUCCAUCUCUGUUUUUGUACUCACCCAAGCCAGGCUAGGUCAAGAUUGUUCUUAGAUUCAGUGCUGCAUAAGAGAAGAUCCUUUGAUAACCAGUUUUUGUCAGUUCUUGAUGGAAUUGCUGUUCAUUAUUCAGAUUUCAGAACCCAUGGUAUGAACAACUUAAGACAAAAAUGUGUCUGUGUGACCAUAUCCACUUCUUGGGAAAAAGCAUUGGUAUUUACCGUGGGUUACCCUCCACACAAACAUAUAACCACAUGUCCUCAUGGAUUAGCUGCUUUUUAGCUUGGAUACUUAAUUUUAGCCAACACUGGCUGCCUCAAGAAACUACUAUGCUAAUUAUAAACCUCUUCCAUUUCCAUCUUUCUGUUUCUGAUUCAUUAAAUCUUAGCCAUUUUCCAUCAGAUGCUUUGAUCCCUUCUCCCUUUCUCUGCAUAUAUCAUUGUAGAUUGUCCUUGUACCGAUGGGGCCAUCCUCUUUCUCUGAGGAUCAUCAUGCCUUGAGGAGAAGCAUUGCUGAAUCCUCUUGGCGGCCCCCUUGCUUAUCACACACAAAAUUCGGCCACACCAACAAAAUCGGCCUAAAGCAUGACAAUUUGCACCUCAUAACCAGAAUUUGCAGGAGGCUUCAGGCGUUUUCAACAGACAUGAAGGCCUGGCAUUACUGACAACUAUUGUUGAGGGUGGUGGAAACUGCAAUCCUGCUAGUGAUCCAUUACCAAACCAGUCCCUGUUGUCAGCAAGCAUCAUUAACAAGAUCCUCCAUCUGAUAGAUGCUCUAGAUCUGCUAUGCCGAAGGUCAUACAUUGCGUUGGAUCAGUUGCUUUUGGAUACCCAAGAAGCGCUGAAGAUCGCAUACCCGAAAUGUUUAUCAGGCUUAUCUGCAUACCACAAUACUUCCUCUGUAUGUACAGCAGAUCAGAAGGAAACCAAAGCUGUAAUUUUAUUCUGAGGUUAGCGCUGCGCGCAAAGAAAUCCGCGACGAAGCUGAAGCGAUCGGCAGAGAUGGGGAGCAUGUACCGGCAUCUGCGUGACCGAUCUAGUAGAAGGCGGCGCUUCUCACCUGCAUGGCGGCAAGAGCUCGCGCGACAAGAAAGCCCGGGCGUCGCCGGCGGCCGGCGCCAAGGGCGGUGGUGCAGGUCAUGGCAUGGCCGACGCAUCGGCCGAGAUGACCAAGAGGUACGUGCACGCACCGCAAACACCAUUGACAUUGAUCAUGACCUCGAGAUUCUUGUGGUAAUCUUCGCUUGCUACGACAAUAUUGGAACGGAAAGAUCGGCCUACUUCCGGCAAAUCGAGGAGGACGUCGGAACCCACCCGGCGGCGAUCCUGGAGCUGAAAGACGCCGUCGGCGCGUUCCAAUCCAUGGACAUGGGCGAGCUGGCGAGGUUCCACUGCAGCUCGCGUGCCUGACCGACGAGACGCAGGUGUUCGUCCGGGCGCGCACUACAAACCAGCUCACUCCCCUCGAGCUCGGCUGCUCUGCCAUGGCGCCGCGCAUGCGCGGCGCGUGCCGGCCGGCCGGCCUGACUGGCUUCCAUUGCUGGUGCUUGCCAGGUUCGAGGGCUUCCCUUCAAAGAAGCUGGAGGCGCUGAGAAUGGCCGCGGCGCUCUACUCCAAGCUGGACGGCGUCGUUGCCACGCCGAGUAUUUUAAACAUGCAAAAAAAAAUUCUUACUUUUUGAAAAAUAUGUAUAUAUAUAAAGGUCUUGUUUAGUUGGGGAAAAUUUUUAGGUUUGAUUGUCAUAUCGAAUAUACGGAUACACAUUUGAAGUAUUAAACGUAGUCUAAUAACAAAACAAAUUACAGAU